UUCGGGGAUAAGAGGCGUGAUGUUAUAUGUUAUACAUUACAUCUUUUACAGGAUUCUCAAGACUCGGAUAGUUUAUCAGACGCUCGUAACAAAAGAGGGUGUUUGGACAGUGGAUCGCAAAUAGCUAAGGUUAUGAAGAGGAGCAGGGACCCUGAGGAGUUCAGGGCUGGCCUAACCUCGACUCAAACCAACCUCCUAGAAGGAUACACAUCGAAACAAAGGGACCGACUCCUUCAAAACAUACAGAAGAGAGUGAGAGAUAAGAUAGAGAAAGCAGGAGUCCAAGUGACUAGGAAUGUUGUUAUGUUAUUGAAGAUUAGAGUCGCUGGAGUGGUGGAGAGGAGUGGAGUGGAGAUUUCUAAGGGUAUGAUGUCAAUAUGGAAGCCGACAGACGCAGUCACUGAUAUGAUCAGGGAAGGAGUCUGGAUCGAUGUGCUAAAUGUUGUUCCUACUGCUGUCAGGUACAACGAAAUCCAAAUAUCAGCAGGCAGACAAUCCAUAUUCAGCCUAUCAAAAUUCAAGGAACCUGAAAUUAUAAAACCAUACACAAAUACCCUAAAACGUAAAUCAUAUACUAUACAACAGCUAGUUCAAAACCCAUCGAUGUCAACCGAUUAUAAUGAAAUCGAUACAAUCGGUUUCAUCUUCCUAAUCGAUCCAUCGAUUAACGAUUUCGACUCGACUAAACAACCUUUUCAAAAUAUCUACCUUUCAGAUGCUAAUAAGAAUAUUAUAUGUAUUAAUUUCUGGGGUGGUUUGAAGAAAUUUGGAUACGAUAAUGUGUUAGAUACAGGCCAAAUUAUUUAUUGUGGUAAUUUGCAGAAACGUGCUGGUAACACUAGAAAAACUAUACUGCAAUACAGGGUGACGGAGUUCACGUAUUUUACUAAAACUCCCAAAAAUGAAUGUGCCAGGAAUUUAAUACAUGAUUUGAGUAAAAAGUUUAUUACACUGGAUCGUAGAAAAUUUUGUGAAGACUGUGUUGUGUUGAAAAAUAAUUUCGCUAUUCUUAAGAGUAAUAAUGAAAACAUAUCUCCAUAUAGAUUUAAUAAUAGUGACCAUAAUUUUUCUAAAAACAAAAUGUUCAUUGAUUCGCCUUUAGCUAGACCGGUCAAAGAUGACAAUUUCAACCUUACCGGCUUAGAUUUUGAGUCCACUUUCAGACAAACAGACACUCAAAACUUGUCUGAAGAAGUUGUGCUUAGGAAGAAAAAAGUCAAUGAAAAAAUAGCGAGAUUAAAAAUGUAUGGAGAACCACCUCCUUUAUCAACUAUUCAUAUAAUUAACAGAUCUAAAAACGCUUCGAAUUCGUACAAAAGCCCUUUAAAUCCAAACCAAAGUAAUUCAAAAAUCCAACCGCCAAAAUCGAAAAGCGAUACUGUCAAAAGUGACAGUUAUAUCAAUGUUGCCAACGUAAAUGAAAGUCCCGGUAAAAGUGGUAAUUUAAAUGAUUCGGAUUUGGUAUGCAGUCCUGUACUUAUGAAUAGGACGUACGUUAAGAAUGUUAAUCCUGUUAAGAUCAAUUUUGAUAUUAAAGAUAAUAAUGAUAGUAAUGUCGAUCAUUUUGCUGAAGAAUUUGAUGGUAGUCCGCCUUUGAGUCUAGAUUAAAAACACAUCUUUUAUACAUGUCUAGAAGAUACCAAUAUACCGACAUUUAUUUAAUAAUGUUAUACGCCCAAGGUCCUUGACAUCGCAAUAGGCCACAGCCUAGGCUCACAAGCCUCAAUGAAUAAAUGAAUGAAACGAAUAUCUAGGACUAAAAGAAUAACGAGUUUUCGCUAUUAAUGUAGGUGUGAGCCUAUUGCGAUGUUAAGGAUUCGAAACAGUCCAGAAGCCUUUAGCCAAACGACACUUUAGCGCUUUCUACAGAGAGAGUAGAAAUCAAAAUGUAUGGAGAUGACACUGACAAGUGUCAAAAUUUAAGUCAAUUCCAUAU